AUGAGUCCCUCAACUUGUUCUCUCUCCUCCCUCCUUCCUAAACAGCUGUUCAAUUUUUCCACGCUCCCUCUCUUCUUUCUCUGCCCUCUCAGUUUCUCUCCUUUGAAACUCCUUUUCUAUUGGACAAAGGUUGGCUUUCGUGAUUCUGUGAAGAAUGCACCUGUUGUUAUUGGCCAUCAGGAUAAAGAAUUGUUGUAUCUGUUUAUCUAUAAUCACGUCCCAAGUUUGCAAGAGGAGCACAUUAUAGGAAGAACAGAUGUUGAGAUUUUUACCGGGGCCGGCGUUAAGGAAUCUCAAGACUUCAAGGAGGCGAGGAAAAGAGAAAAGAUGGCAAAGCUUAGUGAGGAAAUCGCCGUCCAAAAAGCUGAGGAACUUAUAAAAUCAAUACACAUGGCAGCUUGA